GGGGCCGAGCCGAGGCAGCGGUAGCUGCCAAGGUGUGCGCGCGCGCCGCCGCCACUGAUUCACCCGCCCCCUCCCGCGGCGGGCAGGGUCGGGCCGCUCCGUUCCGCGAGGGCAGCUUUCCCCCAGCCCCGCGGCAGGGGCACCUCGGGCUGUGCCGAGCCCGCCACCGCCGCCCCCGGAGCAGUAUGAGGCGAAGGUUAAUAAUGCUUGUAAGCCAGAGGUGAAAGUGGCUCUGCAGAGCAACAUCAGGAAAUCUGGCAGACUGGAAGAGAACAGCUGUCCCCCAAGGCAGCUGUGAAGUGUGAAGUAUGGAAGAAAGUAAGAAUGAGAAGGUGAACCAGGCUCAUGUUCUCUUUGACAGAUUUGUCCAGGCUUCAACCUGCAAGGGGACUCUGAAGGCUUUUCAAGAGCUCUGUGACUAUCUAGAACUAAAGCCCAAGGAUUAUCGUUCUUUCUAUCACAAACUCAAGUCCAAGCUAAAUUACUGGAAAGCCAAAGCCUUGUGGGCCAAAUUGGAUAAAAGAGGCAGCCAUAAGGACUAUAAGAAGGGGAAAGCAUGCGCCAACACGAAGUGUCUGAUAAUUGGGGCUGGACCCUGUGGCCUUCGUACAGCUAUCGACCUAUCAUUCCUUGGAGCCAAGGUGGUGGUCAUAGAAAAGAGGGAUGCCUUUUCCCGCAAUAAUGUGCUGCAUCUGUGGCCAUUCACCAUACAUGACUUGAGGGGUCUUGGCGCCAAAAAGUUUUAUGGCAAAUUCUGUGCAGGAUCCAUAGACCAUAUCAGUAUCCGUCAGCUCCAGCUUAUCCUUUUGAAGGUUGCCUUGAUCUUGGGAAUAGAGAUCCAUGUCAAUGUGGAAUUUCAGGGGCUUGUUUACCCUCCGGAGGAUCAGGAGAAUGAAAGAAUAGGUUGGCGUGCAUUGGUCCACCCAAAAACCCAUCCAGUAUCUGAGUAUGAGUUUGAAGUAAUCAUUGGAGGGGAUGGCAGGAGGAACACCUUAGAAGGGUUUCGCCGGAAAGAGUUCCGUGGUAAACUAGCAAUUGCUAUCACAGCAAACUUCAUCAACCGCAACACCACAGCUGAAGCCAAAGUAGAAGAGAUCAGCGGUGUGGCCUUCAUAUUCAACCAGAAGUUCUUCCAGGAUCUAAGAGAAGCCACAGGUAUUGACUUGGAGAACAUUGUCUACUACAAAGAUGAUACGCACUACUUUGUCAUGACUGCCAAAAAACAGAGCUUACUUGAAAAAGGAGUGAUACGGCAUGAUUAUGCUGACACAGAGUUAUUACUGUCACGGGAGAAUGUGGACCAAGAGGCUCUGCUUAACUAUGCCAGAGAAGCAGCUGACUUUUCCACUAAUCAGCAGCUGCCAUCGCUGGACUUUGCCAUCAAUCACUAUGGUCAGCCAGAUGUGGCCAUGUUUGACUUCACGUGCAUGUAUGCAUCGGAGAACGCAGCCCUAGUGCGAGAGCAGAAUGGCCACCAGUUACUUGUGGCACUGGUUGGGGAUAGUCUCUUAGAGCCAUUUUGGCCAAUGGGAACUGGAAUAGCCAGGGGAUUUUUGGCUGCAAUGGACUCUGCUUGGAUGGUACGAAGUUGGUCACUCGGAGCUAGUCCUUUGGAAGUUCUUGCAGAGAGGGAAAGCAUUUAUAGGCUACUUCCUCAGACCACCCCUGAGAAUGUGAGUAAAAACUUCAGCCAUUACAGCAUUGAUCCCGCCACCCGGUAUCCCAAUGUCAACGUCAACUUCUUGCGGCCACAGCAGGUACGCCACUUGUAUAAUACAGGAGACUUGAAAGACAUUCACCUGGAAAUAGAGAACUUUGUGAACUCCAGGACACCAAAGCUGACUCGGAAUGAGUCUGUAGCUCGCUCUAGUAAAUUGCUCAGUUGGUGCCAGAGGCAGACCGAUGGAUAUGCUGGUGUAAAUGUGACAGAUCUCACAAUGUCAUGGAAGAGCGGCCUAGCCUUGUGUGCCAUUAUCCACAGAUACCGUCCAGACUUAAUAGACUUUGAUUCUUUGGAUGAGCAUGAUGUGGAGAAGAAUAACCAGCUGGCUUUUGACAUAGCUGAAAAAGAGUUUGGAAUAUCUCCCAUUAUGACUGGAAAGGAAAUGGCAUCUGUUGGAGAGCCAGAUAAACUGUCGAUGGUGAUGUACCUCACACAGUUCUAUGAGAUGUUCAAAGACACCAUCGCCUCUAGUGAUAGCCUGGACCUGAACGCAGAAGAAAAAGCUGCCCUAAUUGCCAGUACCAAAUCACCCAUCUCUUUUCUCAGUAAACUGGGACAAAGCAUCUCUCGGAAACGCACUCCAAAGGACAAAAAGGAAAAGGAACUGGAUGGUGCAGGGAAGAGGAGAAAAACCAGCCAAUCUGAGGAUGAGGACAUCCCGCGAAGCUACAGAGAAGAAAGGCCCACACUGGUGAGCGCCCUGACAGAGAGGAGAAUUGAUGCUGCCAUUGGGAACCAGAACAAAGUAAAGUCUAUGGCAACCCAGCUACUGGCCAAGUUUGAGGAGAAUGCACCAGUGCAGUCCUCAAGCUUACGAAGACAGCAACCUGUCCUGCCUUAUCAAGAACGUGUUCACAACCAACCAUCCAGCAGACGAGAGCAGGGCCGUCUUGCUCCCAUACCCCAGUGGAAACAGCUGAGGAGUAAGGAACGUUCUCGGACCUGCCCCAAAAAAGUGAUCAUGCUCACUUCUUCCACUCCACCUUCCUCUCCACCGUAUCCCAGGCAGCAGAGAAACAGGGAACCUGGUGCCGACUAUGCUGGGGAGGAGAGUCCCAGACAGGAAAGGAGGUCUCCUGGUUUAUUUUCUGAUGACCAACUGCCUGAGAAUGUUGAGCAAAGGGCAUGUCAGCUGGCUGCCCUCCUGGAGUCCAGACCUGCAGUGAGGCAUCAGCCCGAGACUGAACCGUCUCGCCGAUUCUUUGUUGACCAGUGGGAGCUCUCCCUUAGCCUCCGUUCUUCUAAUCGCCCUUCUUCACCUUCAUCUGACUCUCUUCGACAGAAGUAUAUAAAGAUGUACACAGGCGGAGUGAGCUCAUUGGCUGAGCAGAUAGCCAAUCAGCUUCAAAGGAAAGAGCAACCCAAAACCCUUCUAGACAAGAAGGAACUGGGCUCACUCAAAAAGGAGUUCCCCCAAAACCUGGGAGGCAGUGAUGUCUGUUACUUCUGCCGCAAGCGAGUCUAUGUGAUGGAAAGGCUGAGCGCUGAAGGCAAGUUCUUCCACCGCAGUUGCUUCAAGUGUGAAUACUGUGCGACGACUCUGCGCUUGUCAUCUUACGCCUAUGAUAUUGACGGUGGUAAAUUCUACUGUAAGCCUCACUACUGUUACCGACUCUCUGGUUAUGCUCAAAGAAAGAGGCCAGCAGUGGGUCCUCUGUCAGGAAAGGACACCAAAGGACCUCUUCAGGACGCCAUGGCAAGUGAUGGAAGCGGACGGGCAAAUACCAUCUCCGCCUCAGCAGAGAGGGCCCCAGGUUCUAAUGUAAAUGGUCUGGAAGAGCCCAGCCUUGCUAAGCGGCUGCGUGGCACACCUGAGCGGAUUGAGCUGGAGAACUAUCGACUGUCACUGCAGCGGGAAGAAGAAUUGGAAGAGGUUCCUGAAGAGACUCUAGCAGAACAUAACCUGAGCAGCGUGUUGGACAAAGGAACAGAAGAGGAUGUGCCCAGCAGUAGUUCCGAGUCUGAGAUGGAGGAGGAAGAUGAGGAGGAAGAAGACGAACUACUGCUGCCUCAGCAACCCCCUUCAGACCUGGGUGGUGUGCCAUGGAAAGAGGCUGUACGUAUCCAUGCCCUCUUGAAGGGAAAGAGUGAAGAAGAGAUUGCUGCUGAGGAAAAUCAUGAGAUUGAGGACAAAGAAGAUGAGGAGGAGGAGGAGGAGGAGGAAGAUGAAGAGGAGGAAGAUGAAGAGGAGGAAGAUGAGGAGUCGAGUGAAGAGGGGGAGUAUUGCCCUUGGGAGAGAGAGCUGCAGCAAGGCCUCUGGCUUCAACGUCUCUCAAAUGAAGAGGACACGGGUACAUUUAAAGCUGGAAACCUUAGACUGCAGCAGAUUGUAAAUCCGGUUGAUCCUCUGGAGAUCCUGGCAGAUGUGCACUGGACACACAUCCGUGAAAAAGAGGAGGAGGAAAAAAUGGUCCCAACCUCAAAGUCCUCCACCUCCAGAGCAUCCGACCUUCCCUCCGUACGCCAUGAGGCGGUACAGGCGUGGCUGGAGACGGUCCCUGGAGCUCCAUGUGAGGAUAAUGAUGUGGAGGACGAGCUGGGCACAGAGCCUGCAGACACAGAAGGGCAGGCAGGUGAAGAGGGAGACACGGGUGCAGAGUUGGAUGAUGAUGACAUCGCAUCCGAUGCAGAAGCUGAGUUUCGCUUACGUCAAGGUGGCUUAGAAGAGCCAGAACUAAAAGUCUCUGAAGAUGAGGAUGAUGAAGAAGGAGCAGAAGGUGCUUCCUGCAGUGUGACAGAAGAUCCAUGCAAGCCUUCCAUCCCUAUCCAGUCAUCUAGUGACAGUGUUCUUCCUCUGUCUCCAGCUGAUAGUCCCAAAGCAAAACAAGCAGAGGAUAUAAAGGAUCCCCUGGCUGAAGUAUCCCAUGCAAUAAAAUCUCCAGAGGCACGCUUUUUUCCUGAGCCUUUCAUUCUUGAAGAAGGACCAAAGGAUGAAAUUCCCAAAGACAGGAAGGUUAAGAGUCCUUUGGUGCCACCAUCUCCAGUGUUAUCCCAGCCAGUUGCAUCACCAGAAGCCAUUGCACCUACAUCACUAGCAGAGUCUCAGCCAGCAGCACCAACAUUGGCUUCAACCCCAACAUCGUCUCAGAUGCCUAUCUGUUCCCAGCCUUUGCCUUCUUCCGAAACAUCCAUUCCAUCCCCAGUGGAGUCUCCAGUAUGUUUCCAACCUGUCCCAGCCUUAAAGUCUAGUCCUUUAGCCAAACUGGUCCUUCGGGGCCAGGAUAGUGAGGUGGAAAAACUGGGCAGCCCUACUACUGCAGAAGAAGCCCUGAAACGGAGUAACCUUGUAGAAGAGUUCUGGAUGAAGAGUGCUGAAAUCCGGAGGAGUUUAGGGCUCACCCCAGUAGACAGAAACAGACGCUCAGAGACGAACUUCACUGUAUCUGCCCUUGAGACAACUCCUCUGAAGACUUUUAAUAGUGAGAAUAUUUCAGGGGAUGAAAGGAUCCAGCUUGUGAAACCGCAGCCUGCCCCAAGAAGACAGGGACUGUCCAAAUUAGAAAAUGAGCAGAUUUCUCUGCUCACUCCAAAAUCUCCAUCAGAAAAAGAGCUAAAGAGUUCCAGUGAAGUAAGGAGAGAUGUAUCCAGCAGUUCUGGACUUGGCCUUCAGGAGAGCUCAUCUAACAUGAGAACUAUGGCUAGCCAGAGCUUCAACACUUCUGACUCUACCAUGCUUACUCCUCCAUCAAGUCCACCACCACCACCUCCUCAGGGUGAAGAACCAGCCACUUUGCGUAGAAAGAGGCAUCAAGCAGUCUGGCAGAAUGAGGUUGAAGCCAGGUCACCUCCAACACCAGCAUCAACACCUCCUGUGCCCCCACGUCAUGAGCCAACCUCUCCUGCCAAAGAGUCAACCCAGGCCAAAAAAGACGAUGUGCGGAAGUCUUUUGCAGAGAGUGUGGAUGAGAUUCCGUUUGCUGAUGAUGUAGAAGACACAUAUGAUGACAGAACAGAGGACUCAAGCCUUCAUGAGAAGUUUUUUACACCUCCUACCAGUAGGCCAAGGCCAGAGAAAGCACUGCUUUUGCCCCUUGUCAAAGAAAAUGGUGGUCCACCCUCAAUGGAAGGAGGGGUUAACCAAAAAAAGAGAGUGUUGCCUGAAAUUUCUGCAGAGGCCAAGGAGCUUGCUGAAGAACGAAUGAGAGCCAGAGAGAAGUCUGUCAAGAGCCAAGCAUUGCGUGAUGCCAUGGCUAAACAGUUGUGUAAGAUGAAAGAUAUGGAGAUGGCUGCAGCUACUGCUGCUGGGGCCACAAGGGCACGAAAGACAUCUUCUAUGCCCUUGAAGACCAAAGAGUUGUUUUAUGACUCUCCAAAGCAUCUGGCCUUGAAAAUAGCAGAGGGAUCCACACGAAAGUAUGAUGCUGCUAGUGAGAAGUUCUCCACUCCCGCUGCUGAUGUGACUGGACCUGAAGGGUCUGUAACCUCUUCAGAAGGCUCCAGUGGGAAGAGUAAGAAAAGAACUUCUCUUUUCUCCCCUCGUAAGAACAAAAAAGAGAAGAAAUCAAAAAAUGACAGCAGGCUUUCUGACAAAUCUAGUGGUGGGACAGAGGAAUCGACAAAGCCUAGGUCAUUAUGGAAGUCUGUUUUCUCUGGGUAUAAGAAAGACAAGAAGAAAAAGACUGAUGACAAAUCCUGCCCAAGUACUCCCUCGAGUAGUGCCACCGUGGAUUCUGGCAAGCACAAAGGUUCUCCAUUUAUUACAGCUGCAGAUUUGCAGCUCCGUCACCACCUGAGUUUCUCAGAAGACUCUGACCUCUCCAGUGAUGAUAUUCUGGAACGCUCCUCCCAGAAAUCCAAGCGAGAGUCGAUUUAUGUACCACACGCCUUGGCAUUCAAGAGAUCAUAUUCGUCAAAGAGAGCCUACACAGAAGAGGAACUGAAUGCUAAGCUGACCCGGCGAGUACAGAAGGCUGCCCGUAGACAAGCCAAGCAAGAGGAGCUAAAGAGGUUACACAGAGCUCAGAUCAUCCAGCGGCAGCUUGAACAAGUGGAAGAGAAGCAGAGGCAACUCGAGGAGAGAGGGGUUGCUGUGGAGAAGGCCCUUCGGGGAGAAGCAGACUAUUGGGGAGAGUCUUAUUACAGUGACCUCAUCGACUUGCAUCUGGGUGGCAUGGGUAAGAAGGAUGAUCCCAAGCUGAUGCAGGAGUGGUUCAAGCUGGUGCAGGAGAAGAACGCCUUGGUUCGCUACGAGUCUGAACUGAUGAUAUUCGCUCGGGAGCUAGAACUGGAAGACAGGCAGAGUCGAUUACAGCAGGAGCUCCGGGAGAGGAUGGCAGUAGAAGAUCAUCUGAAGACAGAUGAGGAGCUCUCAGAGGAGAAGAGGAUCCUGAAUGAGAUGCUAGAAGUAGUGGAGCAGAGAGAUUCACUUGUGGCUCUCCUUGAGGAGCAACGGCUUCGAGAGAAAGAAGAAGACAAGGACCUGGAGGCAGUCAUGCUAUCCAAAGGUUUUAGCUUGAACUGGUCCUGAGCUUAACACAUUUACCUCUGCUGGUCUGUGUUGUCCAGUUGGCCUACCCUGAGUUCGCCAGAAUUACAUGGAUAGGAAGAUGUUGAAGGGGAAACCUCCGAAGGGUCCAACAGCAUGCAGGGAUUUGGUGUGAAGCACUCAGAAGCCUUUUGAUAAGUGUGUUGGUUCCAGAAGCUUAAGUUUUACAUGUCUGCAAGCCAAGUUAAAGAUAAUGAGACUGUUGAGUCUCCUUGAGGUCCUACACAAUGGACCAUAUUUUUGUGUGUGUGGUAGGAGGGAGAGGAAUAAUCCACGUGUGGGGAAAGAGGUUAAGGGAAGAAGUACCCUUAACUAAACCGGAUUUAUGGCAGUCCAUUCCCUCGCCAUUUUUACCACACCAGUUCUAAUAAAAGGGAGGGAAGUGGCAACCCUCUCUGGAAAACCACAGCAGCCUGUAGCAGCCUGUAUGGUGGAGUCAGCUGUCUGAGAGAGCUCCAGAAGCCCAGGGCAACACCUUCUUUGCUUUAGUCUUCCUCCCUGCCAAAGAAACCUGCAGUUGAUCCUUAUGCAUGGGUAUGAAGAAAUAUGAGACGAGAAGAUACUACUAGUAUGUGUGAUGGAGCUCUCUGCCUCCUGGUUUUUAGAGAGACGCGGGCAUCAGAGGACUCUCUCCCUGUCAUAACCUCCUCAGUCUUCUUGUGGUGAACAAAGGGGAGAAGAAGAGAGAGGGAAAAGAUGCCCUUCUGCUUUGCUAUACACUGGAGAGACAGCCACUGCUGGCCUUAGUCUUUGUGGCCACAGCUCAGAGGCUGGUGGGCUUCUUUGAUCUGUUUUUGUUGUGACUGUUUUGACACUGGAAAAUACUGACUGUGGGACAGUGGUAAGUGUGUGCUGGGGCGGGGGUGUUGCCAGGUGGCAUUCCCCGGCUGUGAGGCCCCUCAAAGGGAGAAGCCCUUAAGUGACUGAACCACCAUUAAGACUUUUCAGUGUUUUUAUUUUUUUCUUCUGUAUUUUGUUUUUGCACAUUGGAAACGAAGCUUAAGACCUGCCUGGGCCCUCAGUCACUUUGACCCUUUUAUGUCAAUUAACUUAUUUUCUUAAUACUUGAAAGAAGAUUCAUUUUUAUAUCUUUUAGGAAAAAAAAUGGACGAGCGAUGGGUGUGUGUGCCUGCUGCAUCCUACAACUUCCACUUCUAAAUUACUGGACGUUGUUAUCUGUGGCUAUUUAUUAGUGUUCUUAUUAAUAAUUUGAUUGUUACACACAUUUGAUUGUGGAGGGGGUGUUUUAACUCUGUUAGAGAAAGACGCUACUGCGGAUUGGUCCCUGCUUCACAGCAAGGGCAGCCUUUAUGGACCCACGGACGCAUCCUGCCCUAGAAGUUUUCCUUUAUGACAAAAUCCUGCGUACUCAUGGAGUUGUAAGAAUCUAUUUGUGCUCCUAACAAUACUCUUCUUCUGCAUCCCAGAUUCCCUCUGUUGGACUAAUAAACUUUUAAUUUAUUUAAAUUUUACGUUUUUAUAACAAGAAAGCCAAAACUGUAAGGUAGAAAUAUCCCAUAUGUCUCUCUCUCACUGAAAGAGGGGACCCUCACACUCCUGAGAUACAGCUAGGGGAACUUCCGUGAAAACAAAAAUAGCACAUUUCCUGCUGCAUCUGUUGGAAGAAGCUCCUUUUGUCUCAGCUAACGAAGCUGCUGCUUUCCAGCCGCGAAGGUACUCAUUGUAGUCAUCUGUUAAGCAAUGAGCAGGACAUGCACUGAGCAAUUCAGCACCGUUCACUGACAGAUUCCCUGAGCAUACCACAUCUUUAACUUGUCCCGCAGAGCUGAAAUAGUACUGUGCGAUGGGUAUGUGUCCCACCCUUAAUGUGAUGUGUUCAGAGUUUUUUCCCCCUUGGGAUACUGACCGUGUUCUUUGCUUGUUAAAGAAGUACUAAGCCUGCUCCUGAUGUCCUUGAGAAAGAGUCCUGUUCCCAGGCAUAUUCAUGCAGCAUACUGACUCUUUCAGCCUGAACUUACACGCUGUUGGUGCAAGGUACCCAAGCAGGGCUGAACAUCCUUUCAUCUUUUGCCCCAGGACAGAAGUUAGCAUGGUUUCUUGCUGUUAGCUCGCUACCUCCUUCAAAGAGGUGUUCUGUAAGCCAGGGUCUACGAUGUGAAUUCACCUCUGACUCAGGAGCGUACCUCAGGCUGAGGAAGAAUGGGUAGAACAGUCCCCAGGGCCUUUGAGUGAUGCUGGUUGUUAACUGUGGAAACAUGUUUCUUCUGCCUCAAGUGUUCCCCCUUUACCCCCCACCCCCACCCCGCGUGUUUUCUGUGAAGGCGUUACAAAUUAAAUCCAGAUGCUCAUGAAACCAAGCAGACAGACAGCUGCAGCGCUGCUUAGUAGUUGCGCGUGUUAGCCAGUGGUACCUGCUGUACCAGCAUCACGGAGCACUGACUUACCAACAGGAUGUCCAACAGACAGAAUUCCCCCCCAGCUUUGCCAGCGCAGGGGCCAGCUGCACGAGUCACACCGGCAAACAGUGGUUUACGUGGCCUGCAUUUGAGGGGCCAGUGGAAGCUGGCAAGAAAGAGGGAAGCUGGAUACGUAGUUUAUUGUAAACUGUCUUGUGCAGAGAAUUGGCCUCAGUCCGUUGUAUAGCGUGCUAGGUAUAUGGACUGCAUCUAACUUUGAAUAAAAGAUCGUUAAAUGGGAGCUGUAGAACAGACAGAAAUCCUGAAGAAGAAAUACUAGUUUACUACCCUACCCUUUGUGCUGGGGAGAUGCUGGCCAGAUCUUUGCAAUGCCGAAGAGUGAUAUCACUUGAGGGUGCAAUCCCCUAUUGCAGGGGAAAACCACAUGUUCUAAACCUGAACUCUUUAGGAGACGGUGAAGGCCUCCGGCACUGAGAAUGAAAAUGAAGCGCUAACAUCGCACACACAAAUUAAUUAAAAAUACAUGAAAGGGAAUGUUAAAAGGCCUUUUUAUAUCAAAAUGGUUGAAAAAGGCACAACUUGUAUCAACUUGUAUUUGCUGUUCAGUUGCACUUUAUGAAUAUGACUUGCAUAUCAGAUACUGGGUUUUUUUACUAUCUGAAUAUUUUUAAUUCAAAUUUUAUAUUUUUGAAGCUGAAGAAGGCUCUUGUGACCACAAGAUCCCUUAUUUGUAUUAGAAUCCAAGUAGGAUGUUCUAGCUCUUUGUGCUGCCCAGGUGGGUGGCAGCAGCACAUGACUCAGCCACGUGCAUUCGAUGAUGUGUCCCCGUUUCGCGUUUGAGGGGAGCAAAAAGGCCCUCAGAUUCCGAGAAGUGGGCGCGCGAGGGCAUCCGUCCCCGCGUGACACAGUCCGUACCAGGGGCCGGCCACUUUCUCCCUGCAGUAGGUAGGAGGAGGGCCGAGCUUGGAACCUAACCUGUGCUUGUUUUGAAAUGGGCACGCUGAGGAUGGGGCAAGGGCUUCAGUCCCCUGCAGAGAAGGGAGGGGGAUACCACCUCCUGGCAACACCCGGGAGGCGAAUGGGGGUGGGGGAAUGAGGACUGCCAAAACAACCAACCUGCUGUUUUCACAGUAAAUUUUUUUUUAACUGUUCUGUUCCUUUUAACCAUGUUUUCAUAAAAACUCAAAAAUGACUGUAAAAUCCUGAGCUUCAAAGAACUAUGCGCGGGGAGGUGACAUUUCAGCUCCAACUUCCAGACAUAUUCCUCCUUUCAGUUAACCAAUACCCCCACAGUCUCACUAGGGCAUGUUACAAACUGCGUUGCUGAACAUAUUUUAGAGCAAACCGCAAGUUUAAAAGUCUGUCCUUCUCUCUAUCUGUCUCUGCAUUUUAUGUAAAUAUUUGUUUGUAUGUAAAGACACCAGUGGAUCCUUGGGAUACCCCCAUGGUCAAGAAUCUGAGUUUUGUGCAAUGCCUAGGCCUCUCUUAGAACACGGUGCUUGCAUAGAGCUAGUCACCACAUUUGUGUGCACUCUGGUGGUUUUUAAUAUUUUUAUACAUCCUAAUCCUGAACAUAAUGAAGUAUUAUAAGUGGUCUAGACUGCAUGAUCUAGAGCAACCGGCAGUUCCAUUUUCUUAGCAGCUGUUCCUACCAUGUUCACAGCUACACCUUGUUUGGUUAGCAUUCUUUUAAAAUGAGUUUUCAAUUAAGUGUUUACACCAGACGCCAGCAGAUGAGAAAGGUGUUGCAUUAUAAAAUCUCCUGUGUACAAACUGAAAAGCCACGAUAUGGCUUUAUGGGAAUUUCAUUUGUCACUGUCUGCAAUAAAGAGAACUCUAAAGCAUACUAAAAACCAGCCUGUAUAUAGUUCACAGAGAAAAAGAUUGCUGGCUCUCGACUGUUGCAAACUAACAGAGAUUAGAAGCUUUCUAAAAGUUCCUGCUUUUGGAUUGCUGAGUGUGUACCACUAUAGGCAGGGUAGCCGGGCAGAGGAGGGUGUCACUGAAAGCAGGUGUGAAGGGGAGGAUGCCAUGUUCUGAUGGCAUCGCAGUAAUUUAAAUACUCUGUGUCUGUGCGUGCAUGCGUGUGUGUGUGAAGUCUAAUCCAGGUGAAGGGAUCUGCUUCGGCAUUCUUCCCUUUUGUAUGAAAGCGAACUCUGAUAAUUCAGAUUGUUCAAGGCUUUUACGGUUGGCAUGUAUGGAGUGUUAAAAGAAAAGCGUAUGCCCUACCUGUAAAAAAAACAACUCUGUUCCAGCCUGUUUUCUUCUGUUUGGUUGUGUUUUAUUGUUUGUUUUCAUGCACACUUGCUUCGUUGGUGUUGAGAUUUUAGCACCUCAGAUGGCCAACUGAACUAAAAAAAAAGAAAAAAAUAAAGGCAUUAAUUAUUUUUUC